GAAGCUAUCAAACCCGGGUGUUUUGAAAAAGACCACUGCGGAUGAAAAGUUGUUACUGGACCGUACUUAUCUAACAACAUUUGAAUAAUAAUAAUAAGGGGGGUUUAUAGUAAUCAGUCAUGGACGAAGGGGAAACCGUUUCCAAAACCGAUAGGAAAGAGUUACGCAAGCAGAAGUUGAUGGAAUAUUUGGCUGCAAAGGGAAAGCUUAAACCCAUCAAUCUUAAGCCCUAUCUACGCGAUGUUGCUCAUGUGAAAAAAUCUUCCACGUCUGUUGUGACUACGCACACAGGGAAAGAGAACCAGGGUCCAAAUGCUCCGAAGGCGAAGAAGGAAGGAGGGAAGGUUCAGCCUGUAAGUGGCAAGGCUGGUUCUCAAGCCACCGGCGUGCCACGUGGCAGCACCACACAGAAAACCACACUAACAAACAACAACAAUAAAAAAGAGGCCAAUAAAACCACCCGCACACAGACAUACACCACAGCCUCCUUAACUGCACGAAUCAAUGCCCUCAAAUCCAUCACGCAAUCAGUUGGCCCAAGGCGACCUGCAAACCAAAAGCAGGCUCCAACUGCUGGGAUCAGGCCACACACACAAGCAGCCAGCCAGCCCAGAGCAAAGUUCAAUCAAUCUGUAGCAGCCUUGGCUCAUCCCAGCCAUGAACAAGCCCCAGCAAAAGUGCAAUCCAAAAAAUCUCAUCUAACCGGUGGAAUGCAACCUAGCACACUCCUCAGUACAUGCACAUGGCCAAGCACUGCUAACAGUAAGAGAAUGAGCAUUGGUACGGUGGCUAAGACCAAAACAGGUCUCAAUCCUACAGUUAUUCAGCCCAGGAACACUAAUCCACAAGCUUCUGGCUCUGUUCCAAAUGCAUCCACCAGUACCAGGGUCCCUAGCAGAGGGCGCUCAAGCAGUUCCCCAUCUGCCACCAUCUCCCAGGAGGCAACUGUGAUGCAGAGGAAAGCACUUCCUGUCAGGACUCUGGGCCAGAGUGUUGAUGGGAAGGAACGUCCGAGUCACGUUUUCCGCAGGUCGGAGUCCAGAUCCGUCACAGCUAGACCUCCUCAACCGGGGUGGCAGAGACCCCCAGUUACUGCUUCUAGGACCGCUCAGCGGACCACUGUGCAGCCCAACACAGCUCCAGGGAGACCUGGAGGGAGGGUGCAGCCCAACACAGCUCCAGGGAGGCCUGGAGGGAGGGUGCAGCCCAACACAGCUCCAGAGAAACCUGGAGGGUUGUUGCACCCCAACACAGCUCCCCCAACCAGACCACCCAUACUUCCUGUUCAGAAGACGAAAAGGGUUGUAAAUCUGGGAGCGAGAGUUCCAGCUGAGUCAGGAAGCACGGUCUCCCAGAAGCCUGCCCGUCCAGUGUCAACGGGGACAAGUAACCAAUGGCAGGCGACGGCAUUGAGCAGGGCGAUGCAGAUGGCCGUGGCCGAGCGGGUCCAGAAAGACAGCGUCCUGUCGGCUGACGGGCAGGACGCGGGUUCGGAAACGGCCCGCUCCAAGGCCAUUCGGUGCAAGAGAGACCCAGCGGCUGGUGCCAGGGUGCCGGUGAUGCCCCAGACCGUGCCGCGAGCUGCCAGACCCACCAGCCAGGGGUGGUGGCCGGGGGGGGUGAAGACGCCGGUCGGGCAGGGCAGAACCGCGCCCCAGACGGAGGGCAAGAAGAACAUGACGGCAGCCCAGGAGGACAGAAUGAGGAGGCUCCAGGAGUGGAGAGAGGCCCGGGGCAUCUCCUACAAGCGCCCCCCCAUGCCUGUGAAGCCCCGCACCAGACGCACGGCGGGCCCUCCCCAGCCCUACUGGGCCUGUAUGGAGCAGGAGGAGGAGACCCAGGCCCUGGUCCACGCUGUGGACCGCUCCUUGGACGACUGCAUCACACUGCUGCUGGAGGGUUGCCCUGUUUCCCAGGUCCAGGGUGUCCUAUCCCGGCUGCCAGCAGUGACGCAGAAGUUUGCCAAGUUCUGGAUCUGUCAGGCUCGCCUGAUGGAGCGCGAGGGGUGCCUGGACGUCCUGCCCAUGUUCGAGGAGGCCGUGAGAGUGGUGCUCGAGCCCGUGGACGAGCUGCGCGCCGUGGUGUUCGACAUCCUGAGGAAGAGGGACGACGCCCAAGCUCCUCCCCCUGAGAGGAGUGUGGAGGAUGCCGGGACCCCAGGGCAGGGCCUCAGCCCCUCCGAGAGCCCUGUGGACCCCAUCAGCACCCCCAAGCCAGUCAGAGCCCUGAUCCACGGAGACCAGGGAAGCUCCUCAGUGGUCAAGUACAAGAUUACUGCCACUCCAGGUGGCUUCCGCAGCCAACAGAGGGAGCCAGCGCACGUCAACGGCCAUGAGCUCCGCUUCUUCACGCCCGUGCGGCGCUCAGUGAGGAUCGAGAGGUCUUCACUACGCUACCCAGCAGCCCUUCAGGACCACGACCUCUGUGUGACCUCCUACCAAGACUUGGUGGUCAAGGAGGAGAAGGAAAGGAUGGGGGAGGGGGAGGAGGGUGAUGGCAGCUCCCCUCAGAUGAUCCCCACCGUGUAUGUCUACAGGGAAAACGAUGCCCUGCGAGAUCAGGUUCACAUGCAGCUCGUCUAUGAAGAAGACUGAUGGGGGGGGGGGGUUUAAUAGUUCCGGGAGGGUUUUUCUUCUCGAUGUGUGAGGAUUUGUGAUUUGAAAACUGUAUAUCUGACCAUAAUCUGUCUUUGUGGCAAAAAUAUGAAUUUUUUCUUCGUCAGAACAUGUCAUUGCAAACACCGUUUAUCAACAGGAAGAGGCCUGUUGAAAGAAAAAAAGAAAGGGUUUGUACAUUAAAUGUUGUUUUUAUAUGUAAUUUUAGUUGUAGGGCCCCUAGACUGCUCAUUGUUCUUUACUAGAAAUGGUUCACAUGCAAAUAAGGUGAACUGACAUACACACACGUUAAGAACGGCUAACUCUACAGUGUUUUCUUUACAUUACUACAGUGCUAGAAUCAGCCCUAACGCGUGGGUUCUAUAUAUUUCCGACGCUUCCACCAGAGUGAGUUAUUUUUGCAGAACGGGAGCAAGAAUACCAGAUAUAACCCUUUGCUUCUACAGCCUCGGAACAAUUACUAUGAACGGAAUAACUGAACAGCAAAGCAACAGAAUACCCUGCAUUCACAGUUAAACUGCAAGCUGGUAAUCGCUUUUAGCUUUAUUAACCAAAAGGUAGGCUACAGCAUCUGCAUCAGUGCAUAACAGAAUGUUUAACUGAGGCAAAAUCACAACAUAAGUGGUGGAUAAAGUAUUCAGAUCCUUAAAAAGUACUAAUACCACACACUAGUACCAAUGCCAUAACUCCCAAAUUCGCUGAAAUAUUACUGAUGCUAGUUGGCAGUCUUCCUGCUGUGGAUCUUGCCUUGACUGGAUGAAGAUUCAGCAGCCUUGAAUUAUCCAUUCAGUUUCGGGAUUUGUUCCAGGACAUUUUGGUCACGUUGUUCUUUUAACCUUUGUAUUUUGCCCCAAGUCACAUCUACCCAAUCACUUAUUAAAAAAGAGAACGCUUCUCAUGGGCCAAUAAGGGUCUUUAUUUUCUUCCCGCUGAAGUAGCUAUAUUUAAAAUAUUAAAACAACAACAAUCAACAACAAACAAACAACAACAACAAUCCGGCCAAUCCGGGGCGCCCUGCACACGUGGGACACUGCAACCUAGGCAAGCCUGUGCAUUAAUCCGCGCCUGCGAGUGGGGUUUGCUUUCGAGUCGGCCAAUGAAUCUAAUUUGGUUGUGUGCAGGGCCGUACGCAGGCCCCAAAAAAUACUGAGGUCAUGA